AUGUCUUCAACAGUUGAAUAUUAUCUAAAGCAUCGCCCCACAGCUGAGAUUAACACAUAUCCUUAUCCUCCCGCUAACAGCACGUGCUCAGAGCUCCUUCUUCCUGCUAUUAUAGUGCUAAACAAGAGAUAUUACCCUAAUAAACAUGGAUCCGCAGCUACAGUGGGAACUGAGGCGUUAUCGAUGUCCAUCGCACAAGCAUUCAAGAGCAUGAAGGUCUUCUGUGGCAUCAUCCUGUACCAAAGGGAUGAGACUAUUGACGAACCAUCCAUAACCAUCCAAGUUAUCAACUUCAACCCAUGUGCGAUACUCGCGUUCAACUUUAACAUGAGCUCCCCUGGCGUGGAAAAGGCCAUCACUCUUGCCGCUAGCAUGCUCAUGGAGAACUCUGGCUUAGAAGGCACUCCCAUGCUCUAUCAUCAGACAGAUACCCUACUGGAAUACCAUCCCCGUGAUUUGCCGUUUUGUGUCACUCACCAUGCUCCAUUCCAUCGGCAUUUCUCUGGGAUCUUCUCAGAGGCCUUGGCAGCGCACGCGUACGGGGAUGCAGACAAGGCGGAACACCUGGCACGAAAGCAAGAAAUAGGGAUAAAGCUACUCAAGCACCGGGGGGAUGGAUACGUGCUGCAGAUUUCACGUUUACAGGGAAAGCUUCUCUCGUCUUACGGGGUGAACACAGCGAAGAUCAGGGAGAUAUGUCCUUCCAUCCAGCUCUCUAAUCCAAGCUACCAUGUCGAGAGCGAAAUUGCGGAGAUGUUCAACACCGGCCAGAUUACGCUGUUCACGGCAGUUGCCCGAAUUGAUUACUUUAAGAAUGUUGACCUCCUCGUUGAUGUAGCGGUAGCUUUGUGGUCUCAGAAUGUCGCUGUGCGACUCUUUAUCGCCGGAGGUGCCAGCAUGGACAGCGCUGAACUCCACGAACUGAGCAACAAAGUACCCAGGCAGUUUGCUCAGUGUGCAACUUUCAGAUCCAAAUUAUCUCGAACAUCACUUCAUGCUUUGUUCCGCCUUGCAAAAGAUAGUGGAGUCUUCAUCUGUCCCUCUCGCUAUGAAACGCUGGGAGUCACACCUUUGGAGGCAGCCCUAAGCGGGGUGACCACCCUCAUCGCCGAUUCUGAUCACGUUGAGGCGUCAAGGUAUUUUCCAGAGAGUUACCGUUUUCGGCCAGUCAAAGAUGAACUAUGUCAAAUGAUUUCGAACUUACAAAGCCGAAAUUUGGCGUCUUUAGGAGAGGUGCUUCGAUGCCAUGUGGAAGCCCAGGUCUCCGAUCAACGAUUCCAGAUGGACUUGUAUGAUGCUUGGGCAGAAUUUUCGCUGCAGUCGAAGCCUAUGCAUCUCGAUUACUCCCAUGGGAUUUGGUCUUGGACCGCCAAAAUGUUCCGGAGACGAAGGAGCACGUCGCAUCAUCAGCAACCCCUUUCGACGUCUAAUGCGCAAUCGGCCCAGUCUGCCGCCUCCCAUGCUUUCCUCAAGUCUCAGCCGUCCUCAUCGAGUCUUUCAUCUGCCGCCGCUGCCGCUGCCUUGCGGAGUCUCACCCCCACUCCGACUCCAGUGGAAAAUGUUCAGACAAAGCGAAUGAUCCAGCGGCGCGCCUCCAUCGCCUCCCAGUCCAGUAUCCCUGGCAGUCUGCGCCCUUCUAGCCAAAAUACCCUUCGCCGAGCCAAUAGCUCGAGCUCUAUGAGCAACCGGACCUUCCGGGAUCAAUCCCCUCGCCGCCCGGCUUCCAGCUCUGGUCCAGUUCCCAUCGCUCCUCCCAUCCCUUCGAUCCCCCGGGAAUAUGCGACCCGGACGCCCCCAAAUCGGCGCUCAGUUAGUGUCGGGCCGACCUUGCGACCAACGUCACCUGUGAAGCGGCAGCCAUCAGGUCGAGGAAUGAGCGUUGACCCGGCUGGCAGAGGCUCUGUUAGCCAGCCAUCAGCUCGCGGCCACGAAUUGGACCAGAUACCAGAGCUCCAGAGAGCUGGAAGUAGAAAUUCGAUCAACUUCUCCUACCCGAUGAACUCUCGGCCCAACUCUCCGGCCUUGGCUUCUGAGCCCCUUGACAGACGGGACACUUCCGCUUACUGCCAAUACUUCUGCGCGGAGGAAGACAAGAGGGGUUCUCUCGGGCAGUCCCGGAAGAAGCGUCCAGCCGGUAGACACUGCGGUCCUUGCAGCACAAGCAGCAAUCGUACCCGAAGCGAGGAAGCGGCAUAUCACCCAUCCCCUCCUCGCUUAGCUGCGCCUCGAGAGCAGAACACCAGAGACCUGGCAUCUAAAGCUCCUACAGCUCGAGAGACUGGUAAUCGGCCAGUACACGACCAGCCAGACCAACAUCAGUCUCGUGAUCCUGCGUUCAGCCAGCAGAUUUCGGAAACAGAUCAUAAACAGCCGCCACGUCCAGUUCUAACAAAACGACCUUCGACCGUUCCUGAGGACUACCCAGGGGAGGCACGUGCAGAAGCAGACACCCCGGCAGAAGGGGUCAAACAUGCGCCGGUCAAUCAUUCGUUUCCCGAGACCAGAUCAACAGUCCGGACGCCAACACCUGAAAAGCCAAAGGAUAUUUUACCGAGUUCUAUUGUCAGCUCGCCAGAGUCUACUAGCUCAACCGGUCCUGAACGAGAAUCCCAGCUGUUGCAAGCUCGCCCGCCGAGCAGCAGUCCGGGGAGAUCGACCCGCUUCUCUGAUAGGCUCUCGGUUAUGGGUUUUGUUGGCGAACAUCUGCACCAACCCCCUCCCCGGUCAGUUUCUCCCGCCAAAUCAGCAAUGAAGAAUCCGAGAACAUGCUCACUAUCCCCUGAUGGAAGAAAUGGGGUAGUGCUGCGGCCCGGCCCAGCUCUUAGCGAGCUCUCAGAUGGGACAUCUGCGGGGUCUGAUGAGGGUUCUAGGCUUGGGUUCCGAAGAAAACCUGUCAAGGUUAGCUUUGAUGAUGAGGCAGAAAUUGUUGGGGCGGCUGCGAGUCCACCAACCUCCCCAGAAGAUAUUGGUUUUGAGUCGCCUCCAGUGAAGCCCAAGGGGAAGACAAGUUGGUUUGGAAUGGGUAAAAGGAAAUCUGCUACCGUGGGGUCGGAUGAAUUUGAUGAAGUAUUCAAGCCUCGACCUGAGCUCCCUUCGUUUGGCAGCAUACGAAAGGCUAGGGAUGGCGAGCUACAAGAACCUGUCCGGCAAGAUAUGAGUGAUAAUGAAUCGACAACUUCCUCAGAUCCUUCCGUGUCUCCAGUCUCCUUCUCGAACGACCAUGCCAUUGGAGCUAUCAUCUCAAACACACAGUCACGAGACGCGAACCCCAAUGCACAACUCGACCAAACAACAUCACCUACCCCUGGAGUGGCUGCUAAGAGUGGAGCACCCAUGUCGGAACUAGGCGAAAAUAGUUGUGUUUCAAAAAAAGGGACACAAACUAAACAGGAUGCUCCGUCAGUAUCAUUGAACUCUCAUCAAGAGGCGAAGCUGGAGAGCAGCGAAAACUUGGCAGUCCCUGGGAUUGCGGUUCAGCCAGCUACCCCAGAAGGCGAGAGAGGGCGGUCAAGCCUUGACUGGUAUACCGUACCGGGAGGAUUUCCGCGGUCGUCUUUGGAGUUUGAUUGCACAAGCCACGACUCUACUAGGCGGAAAGGCAAGAAGCAAGCUCUAGGCAACCCUGUGACUGAUGCAACUCGGGGAAAUAUAAGCGAUGAGGACGAAUCUGGCGAGAGUAUCUACAGUGACGCUGAGGAAGGACUUGAGGGCGAUGGUUUUGGUUCUAUCAAUGCUGUGGUUGAUGAGCCUACGUCCACCCAGUGCAAAGAUGCAGUGGAAGUUAAUAUGACCACGGAUAACAACACACACAGUACUGACCAAGUACCUCCGAACUUAGCUGACAUUCCGCAAACCUGUCAAAUUGCUCGCGUGGCAAAUCCAAUACACACUAUAUCCCUCUCACCGGUUCCCGAAUCCCCAAGCUCAUCACAUGAACGGCUUCCGUACUCGUCUCCAUACCCGCCGUUUCCCACACAGUCCAACAGUGAGACGAAUGUGCAAGAAGCCCCCCGCUCCUCUGUGGCUACGGGUACAGUAAGACGGUCUAUUUCAGUAAACGCUCCCGGAGGUCGCCCUGCGCGUGAAACAACUAAUUCAGUCGUCCAUGGCCCGUUGCAACCACAGUCUGGAAAUGUUUCCAAUCAACCGCGCCACAGGGCUGGCGAUGAACAGAUCAAGAAGCGACCUGCUUCGUGGGCCCCAAACUUGCUAAAAGGUGGUCUUGAUGACGAUCUAUAUGUUAAUGGGAAUGGCCCCGAGCCUCAAAGGCCACUAUCAAACGGCAGUGAUUCAUCCAGCAGCUUCAAGAGAUCUAAUCGCCCCCGGACAGACUCUCCACAUACGAUACGACGGACUCUGCGAGGCCCCUCGAGCAGCCCUUUCCGGACUUAUUCCCCUCAGAACACAAAAUUGCCACCCCCCAAUAGCCGACCUCUUUCAUCCGGUUCAGGUACCGGUUCUCUGCGUGCUACUCUGCGAUCGAACGAUCCUCGGCGUGAGAAACCUGCUUUCUUCUCUACCGGAAAAGUGCAGAAGGCCAGGAUUACAAAGGCUUCGGGAGCAUUAUUCACGUCACGAUUCACGGAGUCGGAUGAUGAGCAGGGAACGAGUCAACAAAAAUGGCAAAGUAGGUUUGAAGAUUCAAGCGACGAUGAAGAACGCGUGGUUGAUAAUCUUCGUCCUGUUCGCGGCAUACCACGACGGGAAGGCGCCCAUGAUGGUGACUCAACAGAAUUAGAGGAUAGCUCUGAUAAUGAACGGCCUGGCUUGAUUUCUAGGGCUACCAAGGCGAAAGGAAGUGACGUCAGAGCUCCUCGAAACCCUGCGCUUGCCGCGGUGGCUAAGUCUCGCGGGAUGUCCGAGGAAGAAAUGGAGGAGUUUCUCCGACAACCCAGCGGACGCAAAGGCAGCCUAUUUCAUCGUUUAAGCAUCCGGAAACCUAAAGCACCGUCAGAGCGCGGGGCUUCCCGAUCUCGCUCGGAAGCCAGGAACGGUUCUCUAGAUCCCGAAGAAGUGCGGGACAACCUUAUGCUUGAUGGUGCUCGGGGAAACACCGUCACAACGAUAACCACAAACAACAUUAGGCCAUCCUCCUCUCCCAGGCGGCUCAGGAGGGGAAUCUCCAGAUCUUCGAAUGGCGAUAGUUGGCCCCUCCGCUCCAAUCGCAAGGAGACGGACGCAGGUGCUCCGCUCUCGGCUCUGCGUUCUUCUGAGCGACCCCAAACGGCAGAUGGAGCCUUUCAAAAUGGCAAUACGGUGUCAAACGCCGUAGAUGCUAGCACCAAGAAAGCCGAUCUAGCCGGUACCAAUGCCACGGAUGCCAUGGAUGUGGAAUUCGCCUCCGGUCGAAAGAAGCGAUUUCCUCGACUCCGGAAGGCGUUUGGCCUACGAAGCUAG